UAAAACUAGUUAAGAUCUUCCGAUUUACCUGAGCGGGCGGGGAAACCCACCCCAUGAGGAUCCCCUGGGCUCGCCCAGUGCACAGGGGAGGCGUCCCGUGGCUGGGCCCCUCUCGGUCAGCCCAUGUAGCCGCCAUGACCUGGAGCACCACAGCCGGGGGUGCCCACCAGCUCAACACCACCACAUUCACGCGGCAGCGCUUCCCCACCUGGCAACCGCUGCUGUUGGCCUGCAUUACGCUGCAGCUCUUCUACGUGGGCCUGGUCUUCUUCAACCUGGACCUCUAUUACUCCUCCAACGGCAUCAAGGAGCUGGAGUACAACUACACUGGCAGCCCGGGCACCAGCAACUGCUGGGUGUGUGCUGCGGCUGGCCAGGGCUGCGCGCCACCGCCCACCUGCUCAUGCGCCUGGUACUUCUCACUGCCUGAGCUCUUCCAGGGCCCCCUGUACCCCUACUAUGUGCUGACCAACUUCUACCAAAACAACCGGUGGUAUGGAGUGUAUGACAACGCGCAGCUGAGCAGGCUGCCCAGCACGCUGCACCACCCGGUCAGUGAGUGCACCCACUGCGCCGCCUGCCCAUUGGCACCUUGCAGCAUCAUUACCAACAGCCUCUUCAACGACUCCUCCUCACUGUGACACCAGCGCCGGCGCGGGCCCUAUGUGGAGGUGCCGCACUACCGCACUGCACCUAUCGCCUGGUAGACCAACAACUAUCCCAUCAAGUUCUGCAACCCGCCACUGGUCAACGGCAGCCUGGCACCGACCUUGCAUGGCACGGCACUCCCGCCCAACUGGCACCGGCUGGUCUACGACGAGCUCAGCCCCAUCCUCAACAACACCAGCUUCAUCAACCAAGACUUGGUGGUGUGGAUGCGCAUGGCAGCGCUGCCCUCAUUCCUCAAGAUGUAUGCGCACAUCCGCCAGGGCAACUACUCAGCUGGGCUACUGCGGAGUGUCUACUGUGUCAGCAUCACCUACAACCACCCAGUGCGUGCGUUUGGCGGCCACAAGCUCCGCAUCUUCAACAGCAUCUUGUGGAUGGGUGGCAGGAACCCCUUCCUGGGCAUCGCCUACCUGGUCAUCAGCUCCCUCUGCCUCCUCACCGGCUUUGUCAUGCUGGUCAUCUACAUUUGCUACGAGGACCAACCAGAACGAUGACGGCAAUGGGGAGGAGGGGUGAUUCCAGCCUUCCAACCACCCUUCCUGCUUCUUGCCAAAACUGUUGCAAGCUUCUUUCAGCCUCCCCCUUUUGCCCCUCAUCCUGUUCCGACCUCUCCUCACUUUUCCUCCCUUUGUGAAUGAGGGUGCCAGAGGAGGGAAUUACCGGCUUACUCUUGGGGGCUGCUAAACCCUGUUGCCUGGUGGCGGAGGGAUGACUGCAGAGUGAAACAUCCUUGCAAACUCUCCCCACCUCCUUCAUGAUACUGAGUUGCCAUGUUAGGUUCUCCAAGUCUGAAAGUGGAAAGGAUCCCCAUAGAGACUCAUUUUCAACCCCUACCAGAGGAAGAGAUUGAGAGACCUAGCAACAUGAAAUAACUCAAUCAAGAUCAGGCAGCUGGCAAGUGGUUCCUGACGUUAAGGCUAGAGCUUUUGCCACUACA